AUGGCUUCCAAGCUAGAAAAAUAUCAUCCCGGGAGCGAUUGGGCGGCCAUCCAGUCCAGGAAGCGCAAGCGAGACCAAGAGGGCAAAGACAGCGAUGUUUACAUCCGCGACCGCAAAUACACACGACAACAGGUCGAAAAAGAAAUUGCACGGCACGUUCCUUGGGGACGAGAAGAGUGCAGCUCUGCAGGUGUGCUGCCCGAUUAUAUCACUGUCUGUACGCCCCCAGCAGAGCUAAGUUGCACACCGGGUGUAUACCGCGACUUCCUGCUUCGUGACCUUCCUUGGUACCAAUGCAUCCUUGAGAUACAGACACUUGUCUCAGGAGGACUUCAGUUGAGUCCAGCCCCGCCAACUUCUGGUACGUCUCUGGAGCUCGCCAUGAGAGAGCUUGCUUCUCAGUCCGCCAGCGAUCUACCAGAACUCCGUCUAAAUAAUAGGCUGAACUUUGAGGCCAACCAUGAUCUCACUGUAUAUCUUCCGCCUGAGAGCUUGGAUAUCGGGACAUCUUCGCCUAAAACGCCAAAGACACUGUGGGACAGGCCUCCUUUCUCUUCCCUCAAGAUCUUCCUACAACGCCUUAUUUUCUUAUCAACCAACUAUCUGCUUGAUGAAUGGGAGUUUAACAAGACCUGCAACUGGAUUGUUGAGAAAGGUGGCAUCAAUAUCCUCAUACUUCUCUGUCGGCUUAGGUCGCCGACAAUGGAGAUAUUUGCCGAAAAGGUCUUCUGCAGUGCUGUCAUGUCCGGAAAUAUAACCCUUGGUCGCAGAAUUCUUCAGUGCCGGGCUGGGUUGUGGACUGGUGAUGCUCAGCGCCAACGUUGUUCCAAGUACCUCCGCGAAGCCGUCUUCCAUAAGCACGAGGCCAUGGUUGAGCUACUAUGCAAGGCGGGUGCUCACCCUGAGGUCAAGAACUGCUGGUGGUUGUCGUGGCGUGAUAACUGGGAUUCUCGGCUUCCGAUUAUACAUACAUUGCUCGACUUUGGCGCCAAUCCGGAAGGGUUCAUCACAGACAAAGAGGUUGGGUUCCCUUUAAUAGAUGCGGCGCUCAAUGGUAGCCUAGGGGUUGUGAAAUUGCUUUUGCAGAAAGGAGCUCGAGUCAAUCUUUGUUGUCCUCGAUAUUAUGGAACUGCUUUGCAAGCUGCAGCGUCCAAAGGUCGCUUGAAGGUGGUCGAAUAUCUCAUCCAGCAUGGAGCGGACGUCGACGUCCCUCGUGUUCUACCAAGCCAAUGUGACAAGGAGAUAAUUUCUCAUCUAACGCCCGUUCAAAUUGCUGCGAAGACGAACGAUGAGACUCUUCUUGAAAUCUUGCUCCAACACGGAGCAUCCGCCAUCUCUUGUCCGGCCUCCGCAUGUCCUUAUUUCCGACCUUAUUCUUCUUACCGAGCGGGGAACGAGUGGACCGGCUCACAUAGAUAUAAGCCUCUGUAUGAUAGGGAGCGGUACCUUUACACUGCCCUGCAAUACGGAGUUAUAAACCAAAAUUUGAAGGUCAUCGCACUUUUGCUAUCUGCAGGAGUGGCCCCAGACUUCCGAAUUAUACAUGAGGCAUAUGACACACCAUUACAGAUGUCCACAAGGUUAGGAAAUGUUGAAAUGUUUCAACUGCUCUGGGGAUCGGGUGCUGAUAUGAAUGCCCCUCCUGCGGUUUACAACGGCCGCACCGCGAUACAAGGGGCAGCAGAAGGCGGAAACUGGAAGAUCCUGUCGAUGCUUUUGGGCGCGGGCGGCCAUGUAAAUGCGCCCCCAGGAGCAAUAGAAGGCCUGACUGCAUUGCAGGCAGCCUGUUUGAACGGUCAUUCGCUGAUAGCUGGGGCACUGCUCGCCUAUGGAGCGGACCUACACACGGGUCCAUCGCCUGUGGCGGGAUUAACACCUAUCCAGGCAGCAGCAGCGCACGGUGACAUAGGACUUGUAAGAGAACUGAUCACUCUUGGGGCAGAAGUUAACGACCCUCCAACGAAGGGGGGCGCGACCGCUCUUCUGGCUGCUAUAGAGCACAGAUCUCUGCCACUUCUCCAGCUACUCGUGCGUCAUGGCGCGCAUGUUAAUCCAAUAGCAGAAUACGGAUAUCUGUCUCCUCUUAGAGACGCGGCGUGUGAGAACUGGCUCGAAGGGGUGCGGUUUCUUCUGAGUCACGGUGCGCAUGUGGAUGGCGCUCCAUCCGACCUGGCAAUGUCUGAUGAUGGAGAAAAAUGUUCACCGCAGAUGAAAACCCCUCUCUACUGGGCUAUUUCUUACAGGUCCAAAAAGAUGGUCAAGUUAUUACUGCAACGCGGUGCUGAUGCCCUUUCCAUUGGUGGCGUCAAGUCUCAAGGCGCUCUGAUGCACGCAUUGGUUACACUAUCAAACCCUGAAGCUUUCUAUGAUGAAGAACCAAUUCUUGAAGUUAUUGAUAUGGUUCUAGCGAAAGUCCCAGCGUUGGAAAAGCAUCCUGAAUGGGAAAGCGUGCUAAAGGUAGUUCUCAUAGACUUCGAAGGCGACCACCCGACUACCCGCCAGCGAAUACUUGAGAAAGUGAACUCACUGUCGCCAAUACUUCGCCAUAAGAUAGCUCAGAAGGCAUGGGAUGCACUGCCUAAAUAUUACGGAGAUACAGAUGAUGAGGAAGAACCGGAAAAACGGGUGUUGGAAAGCAUUGAGCUUCUCCUAAAAUUGGGGGCAUAUAUCGACGGUCGCGCUAACGAUGGAAGCACGAUCUUACAGCGCGCGGCUCGCGGUGGCUGGGAUAAAUCCUGCUCUUACCUUAUCGACCAUGGCGCGGCGGUUAACCCAGAUGCAACCAAAUUUUGGGGAAGUCCUCUUCAGGAGGCUAUCAAGGAUAAUCAUGUCAGCCUAGCCGAUAAUUUACUGGGACACGGAGCAGAUAUCAAUGCCCUCCCGGCAAAACAUCGCGGUGUUACUGCGCUCCAGGCGGCUUCCAUCAAUGGGAUGUUUGAGCUGGCAGUACGGCUUCUUGAGCGUGGAGCAGAUGUCUCUGCACCAGCUGCACCAAGAUAUGGCACAAUUACUUUUGAAUGCAUAUGGGGAGGGUACAGAUCUGGAGCCGAUACGUCGCCAGGCGGCGCGCUAUGCGGAAAAGGAACAUCAUUUUGA